CCCUGGCAAAACCUGACAGUAUAUGAUGGCAUUGUGUAGAUUCCUUUAACUUUUCAUGAUUGGACAUGCAAUAUUUUUGUUUGGUUUGCAUAUAUAACAUUAAAAAAACCCCAAGAUCAUAUUCACUGCCUCACCAAAAUUCUGAUGUUUGAAGCCUGUCAUAUAUGGUAGACGGUGCACUGAGCCAUACAUCAAGUUAUCAACAACUCGUUUAGAGUAGCGCUGGGAUUUCUCUGGGGUCUGGAGAUCUCUCUCAGCUACCUUCUUCAUCUUAUUCUGUGGAUCCUUUUUCCUGUAGGGAAUUUGGUAUCAGAGAAGCUCCACACAUAGACUUUUGGGGUUCUUGUGUCUUAGGAUUUCCCUUUUCUCCUUGUAAAACCCACCUAUACAGCUAGAUUCUUAGAGGGCAUCCAUAACAUAUAAAAAGGUUUGAACUUUGAGUGGUAAAAUACAGAAAGGCUAAUGGGAUUUUCUAGUUUCCGUAGGUGGAUUCGGUACAAGAAAAUUAGAAACUGGUAUUUUACGGUCUUAUAGAAUUCGAAGCUAAAAAUUGCAAGUAACAUAAGAUACAGAGUGAAGAAGCUGCCUCAGGUGUUACCAAAACAAAAACCAAAAAAAAGCUGCCUCAGGGAGUAGCUAAUCAUAGGAGAUGGUUGAUGCAGGCAUGACCAUGUCCUUCCACACACAAAAUCGCCCACCUCUUCUUCCUGGAGUUGCAACGAAAAACAGGUCUCACAGCAGAACCAAAUCAAGCCCAUCUGUAGCUGUUGUGCAAGUAUCUUCAGUCCUGCAAACCAACGAGAGUGGAAAUCUGCCUGAAUCUAAGAGAUCAAGCAUGCCUCUAACAAGAUUCCAAGCCCCCAACUACAUACUCAGCCAGCCAAACACAGUUGGUAUCAUUGGAGGGGUGUCUGUUUUUUCAAGUCUGCUUUUCUUGGAGAAGCUUGUCUGGUGGAGUCUAAAAGAUGGAGGAGAAUGCCCACCUUUCGUUGUGUGCAGUGAUCCAACACUAUAUAAAGAGCUUCCAAUUCGUAGCUUGUUUCAUUCAUUCACAAGAUCAAGAGCUAGUGCUCAAAUCCUAUCCAACAAUUGGCCCAUCAUUGAGAGCUUGUGCCGUAAACGGGCAUUCCUUGAGCACUCUGGAGCUCGCUGCAUAGUCAUGCCAUGCCAUCUGUCUCAUGCGUGGCACGACCAGAUUUCUGAGGACUGUUCGUUGCUCUUCCUUCACGUCGGCGAGUGUGUUGCUCGGGAGCUCAGGGAAGCAAAGCUGAAGCCACUGGAGAAUGGAAGUAAUGUAAGGAUUGGGGUGCUUGCUGCUGAUGCAACUUUAAUGGCUGGAUUUUACCAGGAAAAGCUACAAAGUCAGGGGUUUGAGGUUGUGGUACCUGACAAAGAAACCAUGGAACAUGUUGUGAUUCCUGCAGUCGAAGCAAUGAAAAGGAGGGACAUGGAAGGGGCACGAAAUCUCUUAAGAAUUGCAGUGCAGGUUCUGUUGGUGAGGGCGGUGAACACCGUGAUCAUUGCUUCUGAUGAACUGCAGGGUGUUCUGCCUCGUGAUGAUCCUCUUCUUAAGAAAUGUAUUGACCCCAUGGAUGCUUUGGCGAGGUCAACCAUAAAAUGGGCAAAUGCUACAGGAAAUGGUGGCUAAGAGAUCUUAGCUUCAUAUCUAAAAAUAACAUGCACAAAAUCUUGGUGCCAUCGGUGGUGGAUCUGUGCCAUUUUCUUUUCUGGUUCUGUCAAGUCAAUUAAGGGAUAUUAGCUGAAUGACUACCAAACAUAUUAGCAAUUUUUAAAUCAAGGUGUGGCUCAAUGCUCUGUCUCCCUCUUCUCCCUUAGACAGAAGCAUUUUGACCUGGAA